CCCUCUCUCACUCCUGGCCAUCGUCGAUGAUGUGUUUGGGCCAUAGCACUACCACUUAGACUUCUAGGGUCAGUAGAGCUUGGACACACCUCGUCUCGACCAGAGCCAAGCCAGCCAGAAUGUAUUAUGCCCAUCGAGAGACGUCCGAUGGAUUGUCCCACGUGGCUCUCAUGGCUCACUCUCCCUCCUCCACGCAAAAAAACGCAAAAACGUGGCAAAUUUCAGUCGCGCGAAUCUGACGCGUGACGCCUCUUGCUUCUCUACUACCACCACCCCUUUGCAUCCACGCGCAAGCAUCCACCGCCAACAGCAGCUGUUUCGUGCACUGAAACUGCCCAAGACCGCAGCGCAUACCCAGAAGGUCUCAACUCACUAAAGUCGCGAGCUCUAUACGAUCCUUCCGACCCAAAAUAGGCGCGCAAAUGGCAGAUCUCGCGCAGUUGGACAAUCCCGUUCCCUCGAGCAGCGGCCUUAACGCGUCUGCAUCCGAGGCAGGGUCCAUCGCGGCGGAAGCUUCCUCUUCGCAGACGCAGCCAUUUAGCCACGCUUCGGCACCCGCGGAUCCCCACGACAUUCCGCCCGUGUCUUAUCAUCUUCCCAGCGAUGACCGGAGCACGGCAGCUGCUGCAGCAAGCGCCGCCGACGGGACCGCACAGCCUCUGCAAGCUGAGCAUGCGGCGCCGCCACCAACCUCAAUUCCAAAUGGAACAUCGCACAUGGAAGGCCCUGGGCACGAGCUGGAUGUGAGGGGUCUCAAUGGGAAUGGGCUGGCAUCUACGGCAAGCGCCAAUGGGCAAGACAGGCCUGCAGUGGACAGCCGUGGGAAACCGGACAGCGUUGAAGGUGGAGCAAGCCUCGAGGUUGCUGAAGGAAUUGCACAGCAGCCAUCCUCGAUGCCUGCCUCAUCCACGCUGAGUGCACCCGGGUCUGGCAACCCUUACAACGAGAGUGAGGAAAAGAGCCUCGAAUCGCCACUUCCCGCUUCGACGCAGGCGACCACGGCUUCUGUGGGAGAGGAUAGGAUCGAGCCGAAAGGGCAAGAGCCGCUCUCUUCAAUGCGGAUGCAGGUUGACGAGCCGAAGGCUGAGGCUGUCGAUCCUUCGAACGACGCGAUCCUUAGUCCAGUGAAGAUUGAUGGCGAAGCGAAGGGCGAACCCGUUUCACUGGACAGGCCGCCGAUCAGCUCCAUUGAUGAACCGCAGCAGCCGGAAACGAAGAUUGAGGAUGCUCCCAUGCCAGUCUCUGCCGGCUUGGGUGACGUCGCAAUGGGCGAGGCCGCUGCCGCGGCGCCCAAAGCCGAGGAAGUCGUUUCACUUGCAGCGCAGCCACUAGACGAAGAGGCCACCCCAGUCGCAGCCCAACAAAGCGCCGAACAGAGCACAGUGCAGGCUGAAAAGCCGGUGCUCGUCGCGCCUGCUGUCGGAGGCCUCGGUGGUGCUUCAGGUCCCAGCGCGAUUCCCGGAGCAAUCGCGUCUGCUGAGGUAGCUGGACAGACAAGGCCAGCUGACGGCCUCGAUGGAGGACAGGAGCCGCCUGCGAAGCGACAGCGGCAGAGCACGUCGGCAGAUCCGAGCAAGCAACCUCUGGCAGGACCCGAUGCGACACAAAUGACAGCGGCUCAGAUCAAAUUUUGCCAAAACAUUAUUAAAUCGCUCAAGGGAAGGCCUGACAGCCUUGCCUUUGUCGCCCCUGUCAACCCGGAGCAACUUGGCAUUCCCCACUACCGCACCAUCAUCAAAGAGCCUAUGGAUCUUGGCACUGUCGAUAUUAAGCUCGCCCUGACCGCUGCCGCUUCCAAAGGCGGUCAAAAGCACACAGACAAAACUAAACAGGCCGACAAGUGGAACCUCGAUCCGGUCAAGGACGUUUACGCCACGAUCGACGACUUCGAGAAAGACGUCCGGCUUGUGUUUCAAAAUUGCUUCACAUUCAAUGGUCCCGACCAUCCUCUCUCGCUCAGCGCUCAGAAUCUGCAAAAUGUCUUUGACAAGCAACUCAAGACGAUGCCGUCGUCGAAUCCACCUGCUCCUGGUGCUGCGGUCGAGACUUCCUCGUCACUUCCUCCCACGCCUGGCGAUGCAUCUUCGAUCGCUGGAGGGCGCCGGGCGUCGGACGGACUGGCGAGCCGACCGAAACGAGACAUUCAUCCGCCCGCGCCAAAGGACUUGCCAUGGGCUGAUCAGCCUCAAGCUGCAGGUGCUACGGGCUCCAAGAAGAAGAAGAGCAAGAAGCCCCUGACGCCGCGGCAGCAAGCCUAUGUCAACAAGAAGAACAAGGACCAGCUGCGAUACUGCGCCAAGGUUAUUGAUCUGAUGUACAAGCCGCCGGCAGCCGACUACGCCUGGCCAUUCUUUGCCAAGCCCGAGAUGGGCCUGGACUUUGCGGAAGCCUACUACCAGGAGAUCAAGAGACCAAUUGCGCUUAAGGACAUCAAAAAUGCCAUCACCAUCAACCAAUACGAGGAUGCCGAAGACGUUCAGAGCGACAUGGAGCUGCUUUUUGCCAACUGCUUCCAAUUCAACCCGCCCGGAACGGAUGUCUAUGUAAUGGGAGACAAGCUCAAGUCGUUCUGGAACGACAAGCUCAAAAAGAUGCCACAGCCUCCGGAGCCUGCCGAAGAUGAGGAGGAAGAGGAGGAGGAAGAAGAAGAGGAAGAUGAAAGCCAAAUUCAGGCAAGGGCGAUCCGGGAUCAAAUCGAGUUGCUGCAGAUGCAGCUGCAGGGCCUGGAAGGCAACAACAAGGCCGCAGGUGCCAAGGCUCUGGCCUCUGCCAAGGCGAGCCUGGCAGCCUUGCCUACGAAGAAGGGACAGCGGCGGCCAUCUGAGAGUGGCGGUUCUGCGAAGAAGAAGGCUUCUGGUGGUGCCGGAGGCGGCACAAGCGGUGGCGGCGGCGGGGCCGCAAAGAAAAGCAAAGCUUCUACGAGCAGCUCUGCGGGUGCCGGAGGAGACGGAGCAGCAAAGAAGGCAACAUCAAAACCCAAAAAGCCGUCGGGCGGAAAGAAGCGCGACGAGGACGUUCGCGACGUCACGUACGAACAAAAGGAAGAGUUGGCGACUAAGAUCACGCAGCUGUCUGACGAAGCACUGGAGAUUGCGCUGAAGAUCAUUGCCGAGGAUAAGCCGCCGAGUGCCAACGACGAUGAGGAGAUUGAGCUCGACAUUGACGACCUGAGCCCUGGAACACUCUAUAAGCUCUACAGACAUGUUGUCCGACCCAAAGGUCCCAAGAAGCCUGUCGCCGACAAGUCGAACGCUAUCGAUGGCAGGAAGAGAGGCACGGGCGGCGUCAAACGCAAAAAUCUCGACGAAGGCGAGGAGGCGGCUCGAAUUGCCCGGCUUCAGGCCCAGUUCUUCUCAGCCCAAGGCUCAGGAGCCCCGACUGCUGGUGCACAUGAUGAUCUCGUGGCUUCAGACAGUUCUUCUGGCGAGGAUGAGAGCGAUUCGGAGAGCGAGUAUGAAUAGUGUCCAACCCUAAUCUACCUACUUUCUUGAGUGUACA